AUGAAGACAUCUCGGAACGCUGGAGAGACGUUCCAGGACUGGGCGGCGCGGUUCGAGAAAAAGGAACGCGAGCUGCUCACACAGCUGCAGGCCAUCGACGUGAACGUGCGCGAGGUGAUCGCGAAGCCGCUUCGUACAUGGUGGUUCCUUCGGAAGUCACGGCUCACUCCAGUGCUACGAGGAGAAGUGACGGCGACCGCGGGAAGAGACUUCGACUUUGCGAAGACCUACCGGACGCUCCUAACGCGCUUCCCGGCGGACGCGCUGGCCGAUCUGGACGGCGAGACGAAGCGCGAGAAGGCCCUGCACGAGAACGACGCCAACGAGGACGACUGCGAGACUGGUGGUGAUCCAGAAGACCUGUACGAGAUGGUGCACGCCCAGUUUCGACAGGCAGGACGGAGCUUCAAGGACGCUCGAGAUCUACUUCGACACAUACGUGUGGCUCAGGACUUCUACCCGGUGGUGGCGCCCAAGAGCGAGCUGACGGAUCAGCGGGCGGCACCUCAUCCCGAGAGCCGACCGCGACCUCCUGGCAAGGGACGUGGACGGGGUCAAGCCGAUCGUCGCGUGCGAUUCGAGUCAGGCCGUGACAUGGCCAAGAUGACGUGCAUCCUGUGCCGUCAGUUCGGUCAUCGCGCCAGGGAUUGCCCGAACAAGAACAAGCUGACGACGAACACGAGUGGCGAUAGCCACAACACCAACAACGGCUUCAUCCUGUCGGCCCUGGACGAGUACGUCUACUUGCUGGAGCUCGAGGGGAUCUGGGCCAUCCUGGACAUCGGAGCGACCAGGAGCUUAGGCAGCAUCGAGAGCGUGGAGAACCUGAUGUACGAUAUGCUGGAUCAGCACGGGGUGUUCGCGGGCCCCAACCUGCACCCCGUGAGCCUCUCGGUGAUGUCGAAUCGGGCCCCCAUCCUGCUGGGCAUAGACAUCCUGGCUGACGACCUGAAGGUAGUCGUGGACUGUGGGCGGAACUGGCCGGGCUUGCCGACUCUUGGGAAUAAGGUCUUCUACUGCGAGCGGCUCUCCAGCAAGCGCCUGGCGAUCAACCUGUCGACGCCGCAGUGGUGGCGAGAGGUGCCCUUACCCUUGACGCCAGCUCGCUCAACGGAGAAUCCGAUGGAGGCGGGCCUAGCCGUACUGGACGAGAAGCCGGAGGAGCCCGGCACGGGCGGCGCUG